GCCUACCGGUGUUCCUGCGCAUGCGUCGUAGUAACUACAGCGGAAGCGGCACGGCGGCUCUCACAGCUGUCUGACUGACACUGAAUGAGAACGCACUGAUUUCCGCUCCAAAAAUGAUGAAAUUUCUCCCUAAACUGCUGCUGCUGGCGCUGCUAGCCUUCCCGGCCACCCUCCUCGUCAAAGGGCCGAUGGUGAGUGCCCAGGAUCUGACUGAGGACGAGGAGGCCGAGGCUGUGGAAGAUGACAUUGUGGAUGACGCGACCGCUGAGGCUGAAGACGAAGACGACGAGGCGGAAGUGGAAGACGACGAGAAUGUGGAACUGACGGAAGAAAAAGAAGACGAAGAGGAAGAAGCGUUGGUUGGAGAAGUGAAAGCUUCCCCCAACGCUGACACCACCAUCCUGUUCGUCAAAGGAGACGACUUCCCUGCCAACAACAUCGUCAAGUUCCUGCUCGGCUUCACCAACAAGGGAUCGGAGAACUUCGUUGUGGAGUCUCUGGACGCCUCUUUCCGUUACCCACAGGAUUACCAGUUCUACAUCCAGAACUUCACCGCUCUCCAGCUCGGCAUCGAGGUUCCCGGCGGCAGACAGGCCACCUUUGAGUACUCCUUCAUCCCUGCAGAGCCAAUGGGAGGGCGGCCGUUUGGACUCGUCAUCAACCUCAACUACAAGGACAUUAACGGAAACGUUUUCCAGGAUGCCGUGUUCAACCAGACGGUCACCAUCACAGAGAGAGAGGAUGGAUUAGACGGAGAGACGAUCUUCCUGUACGUCUUCCUGUCCGGCCUCGGGCUGCUGGUCAUCGUAGGCCUUCACCAGCUGAUGGAGUCCAGAAAGAGGAGGCGUCCCGCUCCAAAGGUGGAAAUGGGAACUUCGAGCCACAAUGACGUCGACCUGAGCUGGAUCCCUCAGGAAACACUCAACCAGAUCAUGCAGAGUCGCAGAGACAAAGCGUCUCCCAAAAGAUCUCCUCGCAAAAGGAACCAGAAACGCUCGGCCGGCUCGGACGAGUGACUGGCGCCGCGACACCACGGCGACAAAAACUUCAUCCAACCGUCUACGUGGGAGGAGGGGGAGGAGGGGGGAGGGAGAGGGGCUGGGAGCGCCAUGCUGAGCGCACUCUGCCCUCUCUACUGAGGAACUUUAACCAGUGCCAAGCACCGAGAUGGCUGGCUCUCUACUUUCAUCUUAAAAACUGUUCAACACACACACAGACUGACACCCACAGAGACACAGACGCACGCACACACACACACACACACACACACACACACACACACACACACACACACACACACACACACACACACAGACACGAGGGAGAGCAAAUAAUCCUAAAACAGGUGUGUUGGGUUUUAAAGGCACGUGAGACGUUUUCCUCUAAAGGUCUUUGGUUUUCUUUCAUUCUAUUGGUUUGUCGAAGCGUUUAGUAAGGUAACUGCUGAUGUGAUCGUUGUGAGACCGUUUUGAUUGAUUGUUUGAUUAUUACCUCCCACUCUGGUGUAAAAGUCAAAGG